UUCAGGAAGGAGCAGCCAUCAUGAACACUAAAGGACCGAAGAAUUUGAAGGUGGACCCGGAGAAGCUUUUUACGAAGCUUGAGCGGAUCGGGAAGGGAUCUUUUGGAGAGGUUUUCAAAGGCAUCGACAAUCGCACACAAAAGGUGGUCGCUAUUAAGAUCAUUGACCUGGAAGAAGCUGAAGAUGAGGUGGAGGACAUCCAACAGGAGAUCACAGUCCUGAGCCAGUGCGACAGCCCCUUCAUCACUAAAUACUUUGGCUCUUACCUGAAGGACACAAAACUAUGGAUCAUCAUGGAAUAUUUAGGAGGGGGCUCAGCUCUGGAUUUGCUGGGACCUGGGGCCCUUGAUGAGACCCACAUUGCCACCAUCCUCCGAGAGAUCCUGAAGGGUCUGGAUUACUUACACUCUGAGAAAAAAAUUCACAGAGAUAUUAAAGCUGCUAAUGUCCUGCUGUCAGAGCAGGGUGAUGUAAAGCUAGCUGAUUUUGGUGUGGCUGGGCAACUCUCAGACACACAGAUCAAGAGGAACACAUUUGUGGGCACACCAUUCUGGAUGGCACCAGAAGUCAUUAAACAGUCAGAGUAUGACUCGAAGGCAGAUAUCUGGUCAUUGGGCAUAACUGCAAUUGAGCUGGCGAAAGGAGAGCCGCCCCACUCUGAUCUUCACCCCAUGAAGGUGUUAUUUCUCAUCCCCAAGGAAAACUCUCCCACACUGGAGGGAAACUACAACAAAGCUCUUAAGGAGUUUGUAGAUGCCUGUCUCAAUAAAGACCCCAACUUUAGGCCAACAGCUAAAGAGCUUUUGAAACACAAGCUUAUCGUUCGAUAUUCCAAGAAGACGUCAUACCUGAUGGAUCUCAUUGACAAGUACAAGAAAUGGAAGUUGAAACAGGCCCGUGAUGAGUCCAGCUCUGAUUCAGACUCAGAUGAAGGCGAAGCUUCUGGAGAGUCUCUGAAUGAUAAGUGGAUCUUCAACACUAUCACAGAAAAUAAACCCAAUCAGAAACCUAACGAAGAAAUCAAACCGAUAAAGGUUCCAGACAGUCCAAAGAGUUCUCCGUCCCAGAGCAUGUCCUCUAUUAUGUCCCCGUUGUUUGCAGAGCUGAAGCAGAAGCGAGGCGUUUAUAAGCCGGGGGUGUUGGACGAACUGAAGCAGGCCAUGCUGCUGGCUGAAGAGACAUGUCCCGGGAUCACAGACUCUAUGGUGACAGGGGCGAUUCAGAGAUUAAAGAGGUUUUCAGCUCAUCACUGACUCUACAUGAAGACUCUUUGCACUUCAGCACACACACAAAAAGGCUGAAUGUUGAGAUGUAGCAUAUUGUGUUUUUAUAAUGGUGGUGUUUUGAUUUUACAAUCUCAGGUAGUUGCUGUGUGUACAUAGGUUAAGAAUGUGGACUGGAAUUGUACAACAAAUGAGAUUAUUUGAUAUCUUUAGUUUCAUUUUCUGCAUUAACGUUUCUACUGUAGAGUUUAGAGCACUUGUUCCUUUAACAAAUAGUUUUUUUUAUAAUAUUUUGCUAGUAAUCUUAAUGAACAUUGAAGGCUAAAUACCAUUACAGAAUAAAAGCCCAGUCAUUAAAGAACAAACCUACUUUAAAAAAAGGCUAAUUUUACAAGUCACCUACAGUUAAACCGCUUUUGUUAAAAUACUUUUUUUUUACUGAUCUCUGGGUCUGGCUUGAGCACUUUUAGUUUAGCAUAGCAUAAAUCAUUGAAUCGGAUUAGACCAUUAGCAUCUCAUUCAAAAAAAAGUCUUGAUAAUAUUCUUAUUUAAAGCUUGACACUUCUCUAGUUACAUCAUGUACUAAGACUGACAGAAAAUCACAAGUAGCUACUUCCUAUGUCGAUAUGGCUAGGAACUAUACUCUCAUUCUGGAAAAAUAAUCGAGAAACUUUGCUGCCGUAUCAUGGCUGCAGCUAAUGAAUUGAUAUGACAUUGCAAUAGUUUCUAGCCACUUUUCAUUUUGUGUUGGUCUCUGAACACAAUGUAACUCCAGAAGAGUCAAGCUAAAAUAGGAUUAUUAUCUAAACUCGUUUUUGAGCAAGAUGCUAACGGUCUAACCCGAUUCAAUGAUCUAUGCUAAGCUAAGCUAAAAGUGCUCCCACCAGACCUGGAGAUCAGCUGGAUGGAUUACAAAAUGCUAAAAAUCAACUGUUUAACUCUAGAAAAGCUGUAAAAUGAGCUUAUUUACAUAAAAUAAGCUUGAGACGGAGUAAUUUGCUGUAAAUAAAUGCACAUGACUCCACAUCGUCGUUAUAGGAAAACCACUUUAAAAAAUAGAGUUAAACAGUUGAUUUUUGUCAUUGUUUAUAUUUGUUUCUGACGAUUUCCAGGCCUGUCGGGAGCAUGUUUAGCUUAGCUUAGCAUAAAUCAUUGAAUCGGAUUAGACCAUUAGCAUCUCAUUCAAAAAAGAAUUUUGAUAAUAUUCCUAUUUAAAGCUUGACACUUCUGUAGUUCCAUCAUGUAAUAAAAUCUAGAAAUCAAAAGUAGCUAUUUCCUAGGUCGAUAUGGCUAGGAACUAUACUCUCUGGUGAAAUAAUCGAGAAACUUUGCUGCAGAGUCAUGACUGCAGCAAAUAAAUUGAUAUGACAUUGCAAUAGUUUCCAGCCACUUUUCAUUUUGUGUUAGUCUCUGUACACAAUGUAACUCCAGAAGAGUCAAGCUAAAAUAGGAUUAUUAUCAAAACUCGCAGCAAGAUGCUAACGGUCUAACCCGAUUCAAUGAUCUAUGCUAAGCUAAGCUAAAAGUGCUCUCACCAGACCUGGAGAUCAGCUGGAUGGAUUACAAAAUGCUAAAAAUCAACUGUUUAACUCUAGAAAAGCUGUAAAAUAAGCUUAUUUCCAUAAAAAGUUGAGCUUUCCUUUAAGCUUCUGACAAAUCUUUUAAAAAACAUUGCUACUAGAAACUUAAAUCGGAGUAAUUUGCUGUAAAUAAAUGCACAUAACUCUGCAUCGUCGUUAAAGCAAAACCUCAUUAAAAAAUAGAGUUAAACAGUUGAUUUUUGUCAUUGUUUAUAUUUGUUUCUGACGAUUUCCAGGCUUGUCGGGAGCAUGUUUAGCUUAGCUUAGCAUAAAUAAUUGAAUCAGAUUAGACCAUUAGCAUCUCAUUCAAAAAAGAAUCUUGAUAAUAUUCCUAUUUAAAGCUUAAAACUUCUGUAGUUCCAUCAUGUAAUAAAAUCAAUAAAUCAAAAUCAAAAGUAGCUAUUUCCUAGGUCGAUAUGGCUAGGAACUAUACUCUCUGGUGAAAUAAUCGAGAAACUUUGCUGCAGUCAUGGCUGCAGCAAAUAAAUUGAUGACGUUGUAAUAGUUCCUAGCCACUUUUCAUUUUGUGUUGGUCUCUGAACACAAUGUGUCCAGAAGAGUCAAGCUUUAAAUAGGAUUAUUAUCAAAACUCAUUUUUGAGCAAGAUGCUAACGGUCUAACCCGAUUCAAUGAUCUAUGCUAAGCUAAGCUAAAAGUGCUCAAACCAGACCUGGAGAUCAGCUGGAUGGAUUACAAAAUGCUAAAAAUCAACUGUUUAACUCUAGAAAAGCUGUAAAAUGAGCUUAUUUACAUAAAAUAAGCUUGAAUCGGAGUAAUUUGCUGUAAAUAAAUGCACAUGACAUGAUGCACAUAGAAACUUGGAGUAUUUUACUGUAAAAGAAAAACCCUGUGUAAUGUGCUGGAAUGAAAGUGUUUUAAAAUAAAAGCAUUUAAAGAGCUUUGAAUGGUUAAAA